UGCCAUUAGAAUAUAGUCUGCCGUGGAUCGUCGGACCGUUCAGUCUUUUUGUGUCGUUCAGUACCAUCCGAUUCGUGUGAUCGACAGCAUCGCUCAACGUUUUUUUUUCAUUUUUUUUCCAAUUCCUUGAAGUAACUCAAAAAAACACAAAUCAAAAUGGCUGAUGAUGAGGCUAAGAAGGCUAAACAGGCUGAGAUCGAGCGCAAGCGCGCCGAGGUGCGCAAGCGCAUGGAGGAAGCCUCCAAGGCCAAGAAGGCCAAGAAGGGCUUCAUGACCCCAGAAAGGAAGAAGAAACUCCGGUUGUUGCUGCGCAAGAAAGCCGCUGAGGAAUUGAAGAAAGAGCAGGAACGCAAAGCGGCUGAACGUAGACGCAUCAUUGAAGAACGUUGCGGCAGCCCCAGGAAUCUCAGCGAUGCCAGCGAAGAUACACUACAGAAAGUUUGUCAGGAUUAUUACAGUAAGGUACUGAAAUUGGAGUCUGAGAAAUACGAUGUGGAGCGCGAGGUAGCCAGAAAGGAAUUUGAGGCAAGCGUUGCACCCAUAACUUUCUCUUUCUCUCUCUAUUUCUCUCUCUCUCUGUCUCUCACUCUCGAUCUAAUCGGAUUGGUUCCAAGCUCCAAGCGAUGCGGAACUAGAUAACUCGACUAGAGAUCGAUGGAAUCUUUCGUAGUUUGAUUUAGUUCUCUUUGCUCUUUGCGACAACAAAGAAAUGUUAAUAACAUGGGUCCAGACACACACUCUGGACAGCAAACAUAGUCUGUGAGCAGCACCUGAAAGAUAUAUGAAAAUAUUCCAGAGAUGCCCGCACCAAAACGCCCCCUGGCGGCCAGUCUGUGUGUGUGUGUUCCCGGCAGGGGUUACGCCAAUCGUAGCCCUCGAUUAGUUAGAGUAAACGUAGA